AUGUUGACCGUUAAAGAGAAACGACUCAUAGAUGGAGUGUAUUACGAUCUGAAUAACGGAGGUGCUUUUCUGAGUCCAACUAAAGUUCAUCAAGUAUUGAAAUCUCGCGGAUUCACUUCACCAGGUCUAUAUAAGAUCAGAAGAUAUAUCCAGAGUUUAGACGAUUAUAGCUUACAAAAACCAGUCAAGCGAUCUUUCAAGAGAGCACGAGUGGAAGUCUCUGGUCCAUACGAAGAAUUUCAAGCCGAUCUCGCAGAUGUAUCGAACCUCUCGAAACAGAAUGACGGUAUAAGAUUUCUACUAGUAGUCAUAGACGUAUUCUCCCGCUUCCUAUGGGUUGAACCUACAAAAACAAAAACGACAAAAGACGUGUUAAAUGCAUUCAGAAAGAUAAUAGAUAGGGGAGGAAAGCCGAAGCGUCUAUAUACCGAUGCAGGCAAAGAAUUUACGGGGAAUCUAAUGAGGCAGUAUUGUAAAGACAACGAUAUCAAAUAUUUUACUAGUCGCAAUGAACAGAAAGCAUCUGUGGUCGAACGUGUCAUCAGAACGAUAAAGACCAUGAUGUAUAGGUAUUUUACCAAAUAUAGGAGUUAUGCAUAUGUAGAUAAAUUGCAAGAUUUCGUCAAGAGUUACAAUGCUACACCUCACAGAUCAUUAAAUGGUACGGCUCCAAAAGAUGUUAACAAAACCAACGAAGCAGACCUCUUUGCAUACAUGUACCUUAGAAAGAAAAGAUCUCCUCAUAGCAAAACCGUCAAGAAACCAAAAUUCAGGUUUAAGAUAGGAAGUCUAGUUAGGAUAUCACAUUUAAAGCAACCCUUUACCAGAGCUUAUCAACAACAAUGGAGUUCAGAGAUAUUCAAGGUCGACAAACGUUUCUUACGCCAGGGAAUACCUCAGUAUCAGUUGAUAGACUUUCUAAACGAACAAAUCACUGGAACUUUUUAUCAAUCCGAACUGCAGAGAGUAGACAAGGACGAAAACGCAUUAUGGUACAUAGAAGACAAACUUAAAAAACGUAAAAAGAGAGGCCAAAUCGAAUGGCUCGUUAAAUUCGAGGGGUGGCCGUCUAAAUAUAACCAGUGGAUACCUGAGAAUGAUCUCAAAGACGUAUCCAGGACCUAA